GGGAGAUAGGGUUAUGGUUGAUAUUUUCCCAAAGAAGAGCAGUUUAAGCAAAAGUACAGAGUUACUUACUGCUUUAGCUAGAUGCUAAAUUAGUCAGUGAGCAAUCUGAAGUGAAAGGAAGGAAAAUGCUAUCUUUGUUUCAGCGCUGAGUUUUUGUGCAACAUUAGCUCUACUUAGCUAGUUCUCUCAAACCAAGGCUCUCGAGGAGGCAGCCUCUUUUCUUUCCUCCACACCACUCAUUUCUCGCGCCCGGUUAAUGUGACGGGCGGACCGACAUGUGGGUCAGUAAUGGAACAGUCGGAAGGACCCUCUCCAUGGAUAUAGACACAGACUAUGAAAGGCCCAAUGUGGAAACUAUUAAAUGUGUGGUGGUAGGGGACAAUGCAGUGGGCAAAACCAGGCUCAUCUGUGCCCGCGCCUGCAAUGCUACCCUCACACAGUACCAGCUGCUCGCCACCCACGUGCCAACCGUCUGGGCCAUCGACCAGUACCGCGUGUGCCAGGAGGUGUUGGAGAGAUCUAGGGAUGUGGUGGAUGAGGUCAGUGUCUCCCUAAGACUAUGGGACACCUUCGGUGACCAUCACAAAGAUAGACGCUUCGCUUAUGGCAGGUCUGACGUGGUAGUGCUGUGUUUCUCCCUGGCCAACCCCAACUCCCUGCGUCACGUCCGCACCAUGUGGUACCCUGAGAUCAAGCACUUCUGUCCCCGCACCCCUAUCAUCCUGGUGGGCUGCCAGCUGGACUUGCGCUACGCCGACCUGGAGGCUGUGAACCGUGCCCGCAGACCCCUGGCCAAACCCAUCAAGCCCACAGACAUCCUGCCUCCAGAGAGAGGGCACGAGGUGGCCAAGGAGCUGGGCAUUCCCUACUACGAGACCAGCAUCGUGGCCCAGUUUGGGGUCAAGGAUGUGUUCGACAACGCCAUCCGUUCCGCUCUCAUCUCCCGCCGUCACCUUCAGUUCUGGAAGUCCCACCUGAAGAGAGUCCAGCGGCCCCUCCUCCAGGCCCCCUUCUUGCCCCGGCCCCCACGCCCUGUGGUGGGCAUCCCUGACCCCCCUCCCAUCGACGGAGAAGCCCCCGACUCCCUCCUCUGCCAACCGCUUUGCGCCGAUGUCCUCUUCCUACUCCAAGGCGGCGCCACGCGUGUCUUCGCACACAAAGUCUACCUGGCCACCUCCUGCUCCAAGUUCUACGACCUCUUCACCCUGGAUCUGCUGGCCAUCGAGGCGGAUUGGGAGGGAGAUGAGCGCGCCGAGAGCGGUGAGGAGGAUGAACAGAGUAGGAGAGGUGCCAAAGAGCAGGCAGGGCGUACUAAGAGCUUGGACAUCGAUAAUGAUGGGGAGGGUGGAGCCAGGGGAAUCAAACGACCACCCAUGCUCCAGCAGGGCUCCCUGAGGACUUCCAAAAGUGAUAACGCACUCCCCGCCAGGAGCCAGUGCUCCGUGGGGCCCCUGGGGGCCGGCCGUGGCCUUUCUGGCUGGGGGAGGGGCUUCCUGAGUGUGUACCUGGAGCACGUAGCUGACCCCGAGACGGGGCGACCACGCCUCAUGACCGUGGUCUCCAUGGACGGUCUCAUACAGGGAGAACCCUUCCAGGCGGUGCUGCAGUACCUCUACACAGGCAGUCUGGAUGAGGGCCGUGGGGAUCUGAUGCAGGUGGCCACCAUUGCUGAGCUGCUGGAGGUGUUUGACCUGAGGAUGAUGGUGGCCAAUGUGCUGAAUCGUGAGAGCUUCAUGAAUCAGGAGAUCACCAAGGCCUUCCACGUCCGUCGAGCCAACCGCAUCAAAGAGUGCCUUAGCAAGGGCACCUUCGCUGAUGUGGUGUUCUGCCUGGACGAUGGCUACCUGCCGGCUCACAAGCCUCUGCUCAUCUCCAGCUGUGACUGGAUGGCCGCUAUGUUCCGCGGAUCCUUCAUGGAGAGCUACAUCAAGGAGGUGUCCAUCCCUGACACCAGUAGUGCCUGUAUGCGUGCGGUGUUGGAGUUCCUAUACUGUGGGCUGGUGACGGCCUGUCCUGACUGGGAGCCUAUGGAGCUCAUCGUCCUAUCCAACCGGCUAUGUCUGCCACGCCUCGUUGCCCUCACAGAGCAACAUGUUGUGGAUGAGCUGCUACAGUGUUUGGUGAAGGGAAUAGACAUUGACGGACAGGUGCUUGCUUACCUGGAGUUGGCUCAGUUCCACAAUGCCAAGCAGCUUUAUGCCUGGUGUCUCCAUCACAUCUGCACCAACUACAACAGCGUUUGUCGCAAGUUCCCCAAAGACAUGAAGGUCAUGUCUCCAGAGAACCAGAGGCACUUUGAGAAGCAGCGGUGGCCUCCAGUGUGGUUCCUGAAGGAGGAGGAUCGCUACCUGCGCUCUCAGAAGGAGCGCCAGCGGGAGGAAGAGAUCCUCCGUAAGCAGCACACCAAGAGGGGCUGGUGCUUCUGGAGACACCCGUCCUCCUCACCCCACGUCUCCUGAGGCUGUCGCCCCUCCAUGACCCCUCCUAACCUCAGACUGAGGAAGCCAUGAGCCUACCACCCCUCCAUAACGAGAGAGCCAAGUCUCACCUCUGUAUGAUUGUCUGUGGUUGUACUGGGGACCAGAAGUCCUCACAAGGACCAUUUGGACAACUGGGGACAUUUUGCCAGUCCCCACAAAGAAAAGGGCUAUUUUAAGUUUAGGGGUUAGGUUUAGGGUUACAAUUGGGGUUCAGGUUAGAAUGAAGGCUAGGAGUUUAUUUUUAGGGUUUGGGGUUAAGGGUAAGUUUUGGGUUAGGGAAAAUAGGAUUUUGAAUGGGAAUAAAUGUGUUGGUCCACACAAAGGUAGUAAAACAAACGUGUGUGUGUGUGCACGUAUGUGUGAGGUUCUCCACCCCCACAGCUGUAGGUCAGGCGUGGGCAAUUUUCUAUACCCCAGCUGGCCUCUUCUUGCCAGGCCGCAGUCCAGUGCUGCCUCUUCCCCCUGAGCUCCACCCAGCCACCAACCGGGGGUGAUGGGACUGGGAACAAGGGCUCUCUCUGUCUCUCAGUCACACAGAUGCUAAAGACCAUUCCACAGACCACUGCGAAGACUCCCCUAUGGGGAGGUUACCUCUGCCUUCAAGUCUAUUCAGACUGUUAGAAUACUGGACCAGACCGUUAGCCAGAGGCGCGCCAGCGCUGGUCCAACACACAAGGAGGAAUGUUUAUGUUUGGUUUUCUUUCGCCGUGAGGUCUGGUCAGGGGUAAUGACACACACCACCCAAAGACACACGCAGUGUUGAAGACCCUGAUGACCAAAAUGGCGGCAGGGAUUUCAAAUUAGAGUUGAGCCGAUCCCAGACCUGGGUGUUUUGCUUCAGAGUCUCUGACCACCACUUAUGCCUGUCUACUCAUCCAUAGACUUUGUCGUCCAUUUUGGAAAAGUUUGACACCAUUUUGUUUUCUUUCGGGUCUCAUCCCAGUGAAGCUCUGUGUUGGAGGUUUGAAUCCUAAAUGUUGUUCUAGGGUACCUAGACUGUUCUAGAAUCACCUGUCUCAAAGGGAGGGGGAAUAAAGGGGGUAGUCUAGGUUUAGGAACCUGCUCCAGCCCAGCAGAUGGCUGGUGGUUCAAGCACGCAUCAUGAUCCCCCCAACCCACACAUAACACUAAGAGGAGAGGCCAACAGUGCUGAACAAACUGACCAAAUCCCCCUCAAAGACAUUCAAAGUGAACACUUGAUAGCAAUUCUGGAUCAGAGGGCUAUUUGAUACCACUGCCAUGGGAGGGAGUAAGAAGCAGAACUGAACAGAGUUCUUGCUCUGCCUUGAUUGACCACUAGGGUGCCCCUCAGCCAGCCUGCCUUUACUCAUCCUUACCACAGGGGGCAGCACUGCUCAGGGUACCAUCUUCAACCGUCACCCGGAGCAAACAGGAGUUUUCUCCCCUACCUGUUUAUAUCCUUGAUUCCAGUAGCUUUUGACUUUUUUCUUUUAUUCCAGUUGUAUUUGAAAGGCAACUUUAGCUGUUUGUCCUCACAUAGUGUUGAAAGGUAUUAUACCAAAAAUGAAGCUGUGACAUGUUCUCUCCCUCCAGUCUUCUCUCCUCCUCCGUAACAUGGAAAAUAUGGGAGGAAAGGAAAAAGGGAUUAGAAAAGGAGGAAUAAUCUUUUGAUCCCUGUCUGUGUGUCUUUAAAGCUGUAGUGUCAGGUAAAACCCAAGUGUCACUGCAGCACAUUGUCUUUCACACCUCUAGCUGGAAUUGAAAACGGUGCUCAAUAUGUCUACUAAAAGACACUAUGACACACUUACACACACACACACACUUACAUACACACACAUACACUUAAGCAUACACACACUUAAACAUACAUGCACACCUUGAUCCUUUUCUGUCCACUAAAUUUGAAAUGUCCUUCAUCAGUGUUAAUAUGCAGGAACCUGAUCUACAAAGAUAAUGUUACAUUCACAUCUGAUGCACAAGUGUCCUAUGAACGGUUUAGGAUCUCUUGGAAAAGCUUGAGGGGUUUUGGGUUAUUUUUCCUUAUCCAAAGGUUAUGUGGCAGUCUAAUAGGCGUUGUGUUAGUGAAUAUAUUCAGAGUAUUAUUCAUUUCAAUGAUGGUCGUUUCAGUAUGAGUAGAGUUGAAUCUUAACAUUAAGUUAAAUACAUCAUUUGCAAUACAGUAUUAGACCAAAUAUUGGACUUGCUUUUAGUUUCAGAGUGCAGUUUUAUUUAUUUGCGAGGGAGUGUGAUGUUUCAAUCAGUUGUUAACAAAGAGGAUGCAGUUCCAGCUUUUAGUUGAAUGCUAUUGGAGUUGGAUGUUGAACUGCUGAGGAACUCUUCAUAACCCACUGCACCUUUAAGAUCUCCAUGAAUCCACCACAGUGUAUCAGAACAGGCGUGUUGAAAGAAGAAGUUAACUAGUAAAGCGUUGUUCCUGUGUUUUAUUUUCUUCUCUUUAAGAGUGAAAAACAAGACUUUUUGACAAGUUCUUUAUUAAGCACUGUUGUUCUAUUUGUGGCUUUGAGAUUUCCAGUAACAUUUCUGUCAUAUAAUAGGGGCUCUUAUCCAGAGCGAAUAGGGUUCAAUUCUUUGCUCAAGGGCACAUAGGCAAAUUUGUCACCUCUGGGAUUAGAACCAACAAUCUUUCGGUUACUGGUCCAACGCUCUUACCCGCUAGGCUACUUGCCAACGGUGACCAACAGCGGGAGUUGGAUAGAUGGUGUGAAACAUGGCUCCUUUUGCUUUUCUCCACAGAAGACAUGUUUUGAGUCUUCAACGGCUACUGAAAUAGCUGUACGGUAGGAUCUCACGGGACCCAAGUGAGAAUUGGGCAGACCUUACCAACAAAAUGUAGAAGGGAAAGUAACCCAGGCUGACCUUACCAACAAAAUGUAGAAGGGAAAGUAACCCAGGCUGACCUUACCAACAAAAUGUAGAAGGGAAAGUAACCCAGGCUGACCUUACCAACAAAAUGUAGAAGGGAAAGUAACCCAGGCUGACCUUACCAACAAAAUGUAGAAGGGAAAGUAACCCAGGCUGACCUUACCAACAAAAUGUAGAAGGGAAAAUAACCCAGGCAUCUUAAAAAUAGUCCUAGUGCCCCUAUUUAGGGCUGGGAUAUUAGAACAUUCAUCUGGGGUUGACGUGGGGACAUACAGAUGUUUUCACUUCAUGACCCCUUGCUAUGCCCCAAGGAGGAGUUAUUUGAGUCCUACUAAUGUUAGACAUGCCCUACAAAGCCUUCCCUCAUGGUUUGUGCCUUAAAAAUGUACAUCCACUAUUAGGAACAGAGUACACUCUUUAAGUGUACAGUGUAGUGUAGUUUUAAGGUAGUUGUAUACAGUUACAGACAGGUUCUGCAAAGGAUAAUAGCUGAACUGAUUGAUUUAGUGUCUGGUUAUGCUAACACACCUAGUCUCACCCCCCACCCAGGCCAGAGAGGCAGGUCUCUCCCUGGUCUGUCUCCUACAACUGAGCCUCCCUCUGGGGCAAAAGACCCCAGCCCUCCUGGAGAGACACUGGGUCUGCUGGUGGUCAGUCAACGACAGUCCUUAAAUUAGUAGAUGAAGGGGAUUUCAUAUAUUGUAUGGUCUGUUUCUGGUUGGCAAACUGAUUGAGUCAGUCCUAAACCAGCAGAGGAGCCACUGUAAACCCCUAGAGACCCAGGGUUCGACACCUCUGACCUCGCGGAUACCAAAGCUUACUAUGAGGAUACUGGUUUCCUUGUGUGGAUGAUGGUCAAUACUUGUGGGAUGUGGUUAUUAGUAUUUUUGCAUGGUGGCCUAAUGUUGGCAUUGUAAUGACACUUUUCUCUUGACUUUUAAUAUUGGAUUGCACUUUUCUUAUUUUCUGUCGUUUUACCUCUGCCUUUUUGUGCUUGGCAUGGACUACUUCUUUCAAAAGUUUAUACAAAAAACAAUGAUAUUUUGUAGCAUGGGGUCUCCUUUUGUUUUUUAACGGUCCAUGUGGUGUACUUGGUGAGUGGGUGUCUCAUGCUCACGGACAAAGACAAAAUGGACUCAGUGGUAUUAUUCAUAGCAUUAGUGGCUGACAUUGAAGCCUGUGUCUAUAUUGUGGGAAGCCUCUUUAGUCAUAAUAUUCAAAUUUUAUAUAAUAUUAUUCUCAGAAUAACAUUGACGGUACACAGGAAUUUUACAGAGAUGUCUUGCUUCUUGUACACUGUUAUAGCAUUAUCUUAGCACUGUUCUGUGGUGUAUUGGAAGCAGCAGGUUAGAUAUGAGACAUGGUAUUCUUGGGUUGCCAGCUGUUGGGCAUGUGUUUGCCCCAGGAAUUGACAGUGCUAGUACAGUACAUAGUUGUAGUUUGCCACUCCAGUUCUAACACUAUAUGAAUCCAUACACCUUGAGAAUGUCCCAUUUAUACAACGGGCUGCCUUGGGAGCUAAAUGGACUGUUUUGAUUGGACUUGUAAAACGAUUCCUUGGCUUUGACCAGCCACCGACAGUUGAGCCACAUUUACCCCUAGUAGCUCAUUUCUGUAACUUUGCAUUUAGUGUGAGAUGAUGGACUAUCAUUUGAACUGCGGUUACUGCACUACUGUCAUUUAGUCCAGACUCUUGUAUGAUGUCACUUUAACAUCACCCUAGUUCAGAUUAGCUAUAGAGUGUAGGAGUAUAAACUCAAGAAAACAUGAGUGUUCCUAUGAGAAUUUGCUGUAGCAUUGAUUAAGCUAAUAUUUUCUAACAUGACAUUUAUUCAUGGAAAGCAACCAUUGUUGUUUGCCCCUGGCCUGGCGUCUCCUGUGCCUUUUGAGAUAUUCUCACGCUGUUGCCUGUUUCCCCGAGCCCUCCUAUAGGCUUGCCAUAUGCAUGAGGGGGCCUCCACUGCCUUCUGGGUUCAGGUUGGCACCCAAGCUGAAAACACGCGUGCACACAUUGAACCAGGCAGCUUUCCUUCUUGUCUCUUCGUGCCUGUGGAUCAACCCAUCUUUCGUAAAUCCUAUGCUGUGUACCAGAGAGGCUCUGUUACUGAGGCCUACGGUAGUCUACAGUAGUAAGGCACCCGACUUGGGAGCUUACAAAUAUGUCACCCAAACCUUGUUACAUCAUCCAAACAAGCUAAGCUAUAGAUAAUAAACUGUGGAAAAGACAUUGAGAUCCAACAGAUUUCAGAUUUCGUAACAAACUGAUCUUUUGCACUCGGCAGUCUGUCAAGGCCUGCACUUUCCGUCUAUUAUGUAGCCUUUAAACCACGUGUGUACUAAUAAAUUAUUAAACCAAGAUUUACCAGCUUGCCUGAGCAGUCAGAAACAACUUCAAUCCAAAUCUGGCUCCUGCUCUCUCUCUUUCUCUCUCUCUCUCUCUCUCUCUCUCUCUCUCUCUCUCUCUCUCUCUCUCUCUCUCUCUCUCUCUCUCUCU